CAAACAGUAGAACAAAGAAGUAGCCGCUGUUCGUGCUGCAGACAUCGUACCUGUGUACUCUGUACUCUGGGAGUACGUACUACAGUAGUACUAAAGUAUACAAGUACAUGCUUGUUUACUUGAGCACUGAGAAAGGGCCAGCGCCGUUUCUCCCGGCUUCUUUGUACGCGCGCGUAUGUUUACUCACAAUGCCUUGCGUUCUAGUCCGCUUCCUGCAUUUGGUUCGCUUGUAGGGAAGUUGCGUUCACGAACGAACGAGGAUUGGAUUGAGAAGAACUGCCGUGAAUACGACUUUAAACUCAUCAUGUUGUCAUGCAAUGUACACAAGACGCCGACAGGUGACAAUGGAGGGCAGCUGUGCAUCCGCUCACACUGAAGAAGAAGAAGACGAAGACGAGCAUAAACAGCAGGUCCAUCACGUAGGCAUCAAUCGUCUCAUUCGGCCCUUGGACUCGGGUAAAGAACACGUGUCUCAGAUAGCUGUUUCUAUGACGUCAUCAGAUCUCUCUGCGCUGAUGUCAUCGUUGCUGCAGUGCUACCAUGACAUUAGCCCUGUGACGCUGCAGCUGGUGGGCGGGGCUGUGAGCUCCAGUCUUUAUUGUGAGGAGGUGGAGGGUUUGGCGGAGGGGGCGGGGCCUCUGGUGGAGUCCUUCCUGGUGGAGCUGUUCCGCUGUAAACUCUGUCAGUUCACCUGCGGCCUCAAGAGCGCAAUCCACAGCCACCUGCUGCUCACACACCGCCCCCCCGCCCUCACCUAUGUGGGCGGAGCCAAUGAUGUAGAGGGGCCGGACAGUGGAGCUGAGAUGAGGGUCCAGCAGGGGGCGUCGUCAUAUCAGCUGGAUCUGAAAGGUGAGCCAAAGCCCAGCGACGAUGAGGACUUCCUGCUCUACAACAUGUUAGACAACAUGAGCCCGCCCACCUGUGACAUCAGCACGGAGGCGGGGCUGCAGGUGGCUCAUACCUGUGAGGUCAGCACGCUGUUUGAGGGGGAAGAGUCCAUCUUCUGUCUGAAGGGGACGUCCAUGGACCUGUCCUGUCCAAUUGACUCUGCCUCCACACAGGAGGAGAUGGCUCAGUCCGCCCACCUCAUGACUCUAGGACUGUGUCGCAUCUCCUCCACCAGGCCGCCGCCCCCACCUCCUCCUCCGCCUCAUCUCUCCUCCUCUAGCCCCGCCGAGCCCCCUGAAGACUCCACCCACCUGCCCCAGACACAGAGGAGGGCAUGGUCUUCUGGCAGGCAUCGGCUGCCGUGCCGCCUGUGUCCUGCGACACUGGCGUCGCGCCACCUGCUGGACAUUCACACGCGUUCGCACCGAGCGACGGGCGGAUUUGGCUGCGUCUGCUGCAGCUGGACCGCCCACAGCUGGGCGGAGCUAGAGCCACACUGGAGGAGCCACUGCAGGAGGAGGGGGAGGAGCAGGAAGAGGGGGCGGAGCGAGGGACCAACAAGAGCGAGCUGCUUGGUCACAGCAGCAGACAGAGGAAGGGGCCUGCUGAUUGGAAGAGCUGAAGGGAAGGAGGCGGAGCAAACAUUCAGACACAGACAAACACCCGACAGCCAAUCAGAUGCCAACGUUCUUGCGGGCAGCGGACCUCAGCACACUUUACUGCAGAGCCACGCCCACAAGACGAGGAGGGGGAAGAACAUGAAUAAAGAGGAAGAAAAGGUGGAGCGGUUGGGUUUCUGCUGCACACUGUGUCAGAGGAAGUUCUCGUCUCAGCUGACUCUGAGGCGUCACAUGGGCGUCCACAGCGGUGAAAAACCCUUCAUCUGUCCGCACUGUUCAUACAGCAGUAGACUGAAGGCGUCGCUGCGGCAACACCUGAGGACACACACAGGUGAGAAACCAUACAAAUGCACUGUCUGUUCUUACGCCUCCAUCGACCUCAGUUCUCUGCUCAGACACCAGAGAACUCACAGUAAAGAGAAACCGUACAGGUGUGAGCUGUGUCACUACAGCAGUAUCCAGAAGAAGAGUUUGGACCUUCACGCUCGCCGUCAUCACACAGGUGAGGCGUUUCCAUGCCGACUGUGUGACUACUCCAGUCCUGAUCGACAGCUGCUGCUCAGACACAUUCAACGACACCACGCCUCCUCACAGUCGUGAUCUGUGACAUCACAGCUGGUGCUGGCCUCUGAUUGGACAAUUGUCGUGUGGGUGGAGACUACAGCGUUAUUUACUGUCUGUCUUUCAAAUGUAACUUUAUUGUUUUUAGAAUAAAUUACAUGGUAACAUUU